AAUAAAUAUGUCGAUUCUAUUAUGUGGAAGCUCUUGUGAACGCUAAUUCGCUUGCGGGAUACGUGAUCAGUAGUUUAGUCGGCCUGAUUUUCGGGUUCGUUAUGAACAAGGGGCGAGUUAUUGAUCCUAGUAUUAUUCGUGACCAAAUGGUCAUGAGUCGUUUUGUCAUGCUUAAGCUUUUCCUGACUGCUUCUGGAACCAGUGCGCUCUCCUUCGCCCUUCUUUAUUCGUUGAAGCAAACGAGGGAAAAUGUGCUUACAAGCAUCAACAACAUGGGUUCUCUGAUGAACCGUGGCUACCUUCCCUUCAUUGUUGGAGGCGUUUUGCUGGGUAUUGGUCUUGAUCUCUCUGGAACUUGUCCUGGAAUGGUGUAUGUGCAGCUCGGUGCGUGGGUGAAGAACUGCUGGUUCACCUUCCUUGGCUGUUUCGUGGGCACUUUCCUCUACACUCUUCUGCAGCCUUACAUCGAGCAGCUGUCCACCAAGGAGAGCAAGCACGCGAAGACCAUGAUGGAGCUGACUGGCUGGGACUAUCGCGUUCUGGCGGUCUGCUUCGCCGUCCUCAUGUACGUCAUCGUCUUCGUCGUCGAGCUCUUCGCUCCCUGGCGCCAGGACGUCGGCGAGUCCGCGCCCAUGACCCUCUCCUCGCGCGCCUGGUCCCCUGUGCUUGCGGGUGCCGUCGUGGGCCUCAUGCAGCUGCCGCUCAACGGACUGAUGGGCAAGUUCGUCGGCACCAGUAUGGCGUACAUGGCGCUGCUGGCGCAGGUGUACGACAAGGCUCCGGAGCUGAAGGCCAACAAACAGAACUGGUGGCAAGUUUUCUUCUGCGGAGCUGCCGCGCUCGGGUCCUAUCUCUCGUCCGCUCUCCACUUUGGAAGCAUGAACGUGUUCGACACGUCUAUCCAGGGAGCCAAUCCGCUGCUGGCGUUCGUGGGAGGAAUCUUCUUGCUGCUCGGAGCGAAGACCAUGCGUGCAUGCACGAGUGGACAUGGACUGAGCGGUAUGGCGCUGAUGUCUAUUGCGUCCAUUGUUGCGACGAUGGGCAUAUUUGGUGGUGGUAUCAUCACCGGGGUUAUUGUAAAUCGUUAUCUUUAA